AGAAACUGCCGCUGCCGUCGCGGGCGCCCCUUCUCCUUCUCUCGCGCCCGGCGGGGCCCCGAACAGUCUCCUCUUCUCUCUCCCUUCCUCUCCCCCCCCCCGCUACCGUCACUCUAUGACGCGAUGGCAACGGCCAACUUCGGCAAGAUCCAGAUAGGGAUCUAUGUGGAGAUCAAGCGCAGCGAUGGCCGAAUACAUGAAGCUAUGGUGACAUCUUUAAAUGAAGAUAACGAAAGUGUUACUGUUGAGUGGAUUGAAAAUGGUGAUACUAAAGGAAAAGAGAUUGACUUGGAGAGUAUUUUUUCGCUUAACCCAGACCUUGCUCCUGAAGAAGAUGAUCCCAGCCCAGAGACCCCACCACCUCCAACACCUUCCGCUAAAGUGAACAAAAUUGUGAAGAAUCGAAGGACAGUGGUACCUGCUAAAGUUGAAGCUCCUACUAGAGACAACAGAGUGGUUGGUUCUGCACGUGCGCGGCCUACUCAGCUUCCUGAACAGUCUUCCUCUACACAACAGAAUGGUAGUGUUUCAGAUAUAUCUCCAGUUCAAGCUGCAAAAAAGGAAUUUGGACCCCCUUCACGUAGAAAAUCAAAUUGUGUGAAAGAAGUUGAAAAGUUGCAGGAAAAACGUGAGAAGCGAAGAUUACAACAGCAGGAACUUAGAGAGAAACGCGCUCAGGAAGUUGAUGCUACAAAUCCAAAUUAUGAAAUUAUGUGUAUGAUCAGAGAUUUCAGGGGGAGUCUGGAUUAUAGACCACUGACAACUGCAGACGCAAUUGAUGAGCACAGGAUAUGUGUGUGUGUAAGAAAACGACCACUAAAUAAAAAAGAAACUGUAAUGAAAGAUCUUGAUGUAAUAACAAUCCCUAGCAAAGAUGUUGUGAUGGUACAUGAACCCAAACAAAAGGUAGAUUUAACACGGUACUUAGAAAACCAAACUUUCCGCUUUGACUAUGCCUUUGAUGACAGCGCUCCUAAUGAAAUGGUGUACAGGUUUACUGCAAGACCACUAGUAGAAACAAUAUUUGAAAGAGGAAUGGCUACAUGUUUUGCUUAUGGACAAACAGGCAGUGGAAAGACCCAUACAAUGGGUGGUGAUUUUUCGGGAAAGAACCAAGACUGUUCAAAAGGAAUUUAUGCACUAGCAGCUAGAGAUGUCUUUUUAAUGUUGAAGAAACCAAACUAUAAGAAACUAGAACUUCAAGUAUAUGCAACAUUUUUUGAAAUUUAUAGUGGAAAGGUUUUUGACUUAUUGAACAGGAAGACGAAAUUGAGAGUUUUAGAAGAUGGUAAACAGCAAGUCCAGGUGGUGGGAUUACAGGAACGAGAAGUUAAAUGUGUUGAAGAUGUACUCAAGCUUAUUGAAAUAGGCAACAGUUGCAGAACAUCUGGUCAGACAUCUGCAAAUGCACACUCAUCUCGAAGCCAUGCAGUGUUUCAGAUCAUCCUCAGGAGGAAAGGGAAGCUGCAUGGUAAAUUUUCAUUGAUUGACUUGGCUGGAAACGAAAGAGGAGCCGACACUUCCAGUGCCGAUAGGCAAACACGACUGGAAGGUGCUGAAAUUAACAAGAGCCUUUUAGCACUUAAGGAGUGCAUCAGAGCCUUAGGCCGAAAUAAGCCUCAUACUCCAUUCAGAGCGAGUAAACUUACUCAGGUCCUAAGAGAUUCAUUCAUAGGAGAAAACUCUCGUACCUGUAUGAUUGCUACUAUUUCUCCAGGGAUGGCAUCUUGUGAAAAUACUCUAAACACACUAAGAUAUGCGAACAGAGUAAAGGAAUUUGGAAUUAGUCCUUCGGACAUUCCCUUCUCACAGGGUAGUGGCAGUCGCUCUGAUCUCUCUCCUUCCUAUGAGUAUGACGACUUUUCUCCUUCGAUCACCAGAGUAAAGGAACUGACAGUUGAUCCCACUGGUGCUGGUGAUAUCCGUCCAAUCGUUCAUCAUGCUCCAAACCAGAUUGAUGACUUGGAGGCACAGUGGGGUGUUGGAAGUUCACCUCAGAGAGAUGAUCUCAAACUACUUUGUGAACAAAAUGAGGAAGAAGUAUCGCCACAGUUGUUUACUUUCCAUGAAGCUGUAUCACAGAUGGUGGAAAUGGAAGAGCAAGUUGUAGAAGACCACAGAGCUGUCUUCCAGGAAUCUAUUAGGUGGCUAGAAGAUGAAAAAGCUCUCUUGGAAAUGACAGAAGAAGUAGACUAUGAUGUGGAUUCAUAUGCUACACAACUUGAAGCAAUCCUAGAACAAAAAAUUUACAUUUUGACUGAGCUUCGGGAUAAAGUGAAAUCCUUCCGCACAGCGCUACAGGAGGAGGAGCACGCCAGUAAACAGAUCAAUCCGAAGAGACCACGUGCCCUUUGAGGCAAUCUUCUGCUGCUAAAGGAUGCCUGAGCCUUCAUUGCUGUACCACACCGUUGGUUGGAAAUGAAGCUCUAAGAAGUCAACUACUUGAAAGAGCGAAAACUUUUGAAGUGUCUGUGGAAAUGCCCCAUUUCUUCUUCCCCUGGCUGACAUUUCAGUUGUGUGGAACACUCCUAAGAUGUCUGCAAAAUGCUUCUAGACCAGAUAGCACAACCAGGCAGGUUUUGGAGAUGGGAAGCACUUUUUGUUUCAAAUGUUUUAACUUACUCAAAAUUGUGAAUUUUGUUUUGGAAAUAUUUGCCAAUUUUUUAAAAAUAAUGAAGUAAAAUGGUGGACUUGUAAAAAGAAAAUUCACAGUAUUUUGUUUCACUUAUGUCAAGUUUUGUUGCAAAGAACAGCUGUGCAGUUUUGUAUUUGCAUGCAUGCCCACCUCAUCCGUGAUUGUAUAUACCUCCUCUUCUAGACAGCUGUGCUCACCUCUUCCCAUUUGUGCCUUGACCAAGGCGACUUGACCCUAUACGUCCUCUCUAAAGCACAGCCUUAAUAAAUGACAUUCCUUAUUUGUCAAUGUAAAUUACUUUUAUUGUGUGUACAUUUUAAUGUGUGUUUGGGUUUUCAUUUUUCGUGACUAGUUCUUCAUUUCACGGUAUGUGCCAUAUCAUUGACCUGGAAUUAAAAACAUGUUGGUGUGGAUUGACGGCAAGCCAUUCCAUUUCCCCCUGUAAAAAUCUGGAAUCAUGAUUUAUUUCAGUUACCAUGAAGAGUCUCUAACAUUUUCUUUGUAAAGAACAAAUCUAUAAAUUAGUGGAUGUAUAAUAAAAGGUAAUUGAUUAUGAA